AUGGCCCGGUUGGACGAAUCACGGGACAAAACUCCGACGCCAAACCUGACGCCUCGUCUGGGUCUAACACGGGGCCGGGAGACGAGUCAGCAUCACAAUGAGCGCCAUCAUCACGACCAUGAGCAAGAUUCCCGUGCCACGAAAACACAAUCCUCACAACUUCGCCACCAUUUCGUUGCGCUCCAGCGCAAGACGGCGACGCUGAAGACGAAAGUUUGCGGGGGGGUGGAUAGGGUGCGGGCUAGUUUGAAGGGGGAAGUGCGGUAUGGAGAGGUGAGGAGUGUGGGAUGGGGUGGGGUGGUGAAUGGAUGUGGAGUUGAGGUUGGGGAUGGUGUUGGAGAGGGACAUGGGGUGGGGAGGGGGGAGAAUGUGGAUGGAGAUGGUAGACCUAGGGAUGAGGAGAGUGAUGUAGAGGUUACAACAGAGGUGAUUGUUAGUGUGGGGGCUGAGGGAAGCGGCUAUCACUCGCUUCAUUCCAGAAGCAUGAGGAAAGCAAAACUAUACGAAGCGGAGAGGAAGUACACCAUUACACGGGAAGAACAGAUCGCAAAACCCUUUCAAACGAACGACUCCGCAUACGCCAGCCGCAGUCCCUCUGAACCAACACCCACCCCCUCCCUCCAAGAACCCAACACAGCACCCGCACCGAACCAAGAGUCCGUCCCACCCCAGACCCACCACCCAAAUCGCAAGGAAGAAGAUGAUGAAGUCUCAGCAGCAAUUGAAUACCCACCCUCCCAUCCACUAUACGGAAUACCACUCCAACAACACUCUGACUACUUCAACGCGCUCUCCACGUAUACGCUUUCGCCGCGGGCCUCGGGGGCUGCUCUGCACAGCGAGACUUCGUUUGGGAGUGGAGGGGCUGUGGCGGUGAGGAGGAGUGAUGGGGAUAUGGUGAGUGCGUUUCGGGCUACGUUGACAGUGAGUCAGCAGCGGUUUGCUGAUCAAGGGGGUGAGGAGGGUGGCAUUGGAGAGGAGGGGGUGUGGGGGUGUAGGGGUGAGCGUGGAGGUGGAGGUUUCGGACCUGGGGUAAUGGGGGAAGUGGAUAAAAAGGAGAUGUCUAUAUUGAAAAAUUUAGGGAGGAAGUGUGGUUGGAGCAGGAAUCUCCCGCACGCUGUCGAUGGACGACAACACGACAACGAGCGAGAGAAUUCCAGGCUAACAAAUUUUCAUUCACCGGCUUCUAUCCUCGAGCCGGAUUGUUCUCUUCAGGACUCGCAUACACCCAUCCAUCAACCUACGAAAACGAAGCAGAUACCUCGCCCGCCUUCCACCAACUCACCGAACAACCAACUCCUUCCUACCUCAUACCCUUCCAACACCACCACCAGCACCAACAACAAUCCCGCCACCGAAAUCCUCCUCACCGACGUCCUACGCACCCUCACAAACGCGCGCCGCUUCCUCCAAGGAAUCGUCCAACUCGGUGAGCACGAUACUCAAGAGGCUAUGCAAAACAGCGAAGACGCUGAUGCUGUUGUGCGGAAAUCUUCGGCGGAGAGUUCCUCACGCUGCGGUUUACAAUCUUGUGGGGAUAGGGGGUUGGAUUGGGGGGCGGGUGAGGAUGGAAGUAGGGGUGAGGGUAUGGGGAAGGGGAAGGGGAAGAUUGUUGUUGAUGAGACUGCUGUAUCAGUACGGGGACGAGGGGAAGAGCAGCAACAACAAGAACAGGAGCAGCAGCAGCGGCCGCAAGAACAGCAACAGCAACGUCGAUACCGCUACAACGCCCCCCACCCCUCCUUCUCAACACCCUUCGCAUACACCCACCGUCCACCCCAGCAACCCCAGCGAUCCUUCAACCCUCCUCAUCAGCCAGACGCCCACGCCCAAUUCCCCUCUCAUCACCACCACAACUUCCCCACCAAUCUCACUCCUUCCCACACAGAACAAUCCUUCCCCUCGACCGGCAAAACCCAACCCCCCAAUCACCCUCACACCCCCCCAACACUUCAACCUCGCCUCCCCACCCGCGAUAAACCCACCACCCCCCACCCCAUCAGGCAACCAGCCCGCACGCGCGAGUUCCAGCACAAACCGCAGUACACAAACACCCGUGGUGUCCAGAGCCCGCGGCAUGAGCGGUUUUCGUUUUCUGGCGAUGUGAUUGAGCAGGGACAUGAGCGCGUGGAGCGAGGACAGCAAGUCUGGUACAGUAACCAUUCACAACGACGACAAAGAGAUACAAACUCCAGCCUAGACUUGGAUUUGGAACUACGACGAGAGCGGGCGUAUGUAUGUGGACGAGGGGCUCGUGGGGGAGAUUCCCGCGAGAAAGAGGAAGAUUAUUUUGCACGGCAUCAGAGCGUUGGGGCGGGGAAUCUUAUGUGGAGGGAUGUUUGA